GAGGCUGCAGACAUUUUUGUCAGGGACUUCAUAUUGACACGACUUCUAACUUUAGAAUUCUGCAGCGACUUUCCAUUCCCCCUUCAAGACGAACCUUUCAGACUUCUUUCGGGUGUGUUGCGUUUCUAUAAACACGGCCCACCUGAGCCGAGAUUACAGAAACAAAGCAGUAUGAACACCCUUCUGGCCUGCUAUCAAGUUGGUAUCUAUAGCGACCGCCAACUGAUAGGCGAAGCUCCAGGAGAAACAAUUGAUGUAGCAGAAAAGGAAGCAGCUUUACAAGCGCUUAGAAAUCUAUUUGGAAUUCAAGACAACCGCCCAUGCCUUCCUUUGACUGGCCCAUAUAUUCCUGUAGAUGAUAUUCCCCCAAACCCAACACUUGAGGAUUAUCUCAGAGCCGAGGAAAAGAUAGAGGAUAAAUGCACCUCCUAG